AGACACCCGUCAAAAUCGUCAUGAGGAGAUUCCUCCCAAAUGGGAAUGAGAGAGGCGGUUCUCCCCUUAUUAGACAUUCUCUGAACACGCCCAUAAACGGGCUCUGGUGGUUGUGACGUAUGUUAUGCGCCGGAAAGCACCAAGUUACCACCAUCCAUAAACAGUUCCCUGUGGUAAUGGAGGAGAUCCAGCCAGAGUGCAAACUAGCCAUGUCUAUAAAUGACUACUGCAGACUUUGUAAAAAAUACUUAAGGUGUCAAGGAAUCUUAAAUAGCACAAAGCUAAUAUUCGAAGUCAACCCUACAGAUAAAUAUGGCAAUAUACUUAACCAUUUGUCAAAGUUAGGUAUAACUCUACACAAGACGCCGCUUCGUUCGAACAGAGCCUGUCGGCAAUGCUGCAAUGUAAUUGUUAGGGCAUUACGCGAUGCUGAAAUUUUGAAUAAGUGGAGGAACCAAGAACGUCAAGAUGAAGAACCGAUUUCAAACGACAAACGAGUUCGAGACACCGCUCCUCAGAUGCCUGACCAAACAAAGAGACAUCUACGACGCUGUCGAAAGCCCUCUGCAAAACGAAUGGUUGAUGGUGAUUUGUUCAUGGAGUGCGUGGAGGAGGAAUUGGAACCAUGGCAACAGAUACACGAGAACAAAGAGCCUGAAAGGGUUACUGGAAAGCCUGCAGUGGUGACUCGUGUCCUUGCCCCUGCCCCUGUCUUUGCCCCUGCUCCAGUGGCAUCCACUCACGUGGUGCUCUCAGGCCAGGCUUUAUCUGGCAACAGUGGCAGUAGCAAAGACACUGUGUUGUCACUGCUCAAUAACACACCAUCUCUCCUCACCCCCAUGGCUUCAGUUCCGGUCACAGCUCUGCCUUCUGGUUUUCUGCUGGUUGUAAACCAGUUGUGAAUACCAAUACUUCCUGUUACUUCAAAAUGAUGAAGGAAGAAGGAAAACUGCUCCACAAGAUAGCAGUGCAGUGCAGUGUCCCAUUGUGCUUACGUAGAACUCUUCAGACUAUGAUGGAUGCUCCAUUUAAAGAAAAACAGUGUUUUACUUUUCCAUGAUGGGGGUGUAUCCUUUCUCUGACCAGUCCUUGGACUUUCCUGGCCAGGAUCACUGCAGUGAGAGGCCAGGUUGGAGCUGAAGUUGUUGCCAGCAACAGCAAAUGUGGACAGGUCGGACAAACAUCUCACAUGUUAAGCAUUGUGAGAAAGAAGCAGGCCAAGGCAAUGGACAUCAGUCACAACAGUGCCAUUUGAAGACGGAGAAGUAGAUCUCUGUUGGAAAACAAACUGUUGACACUCACUUUUGAAAUUCAGAUAAUGUCAAAAAAAUAAAAAAGGUAUCUCUCUGAAAGACGUUUAGAUGAGAUAGAUGUUCAAUAAAAGAUACAUUUCUUUUCUUAA